UCAUUAACAAGGAAAACACAACACUUUGCAAUAAAAUUGGCUUUCCAGACUGGUUUUCGAUAAACAACAUCGAAAUAGCCACGCCAAAUACCGAUUGACCUCUCAAGUCUCCGCAUUAUCACCCGCAACCUCCUGGCACAGCCUACAGACAGUGACAAUGUUUGAGAAUCUUUGCACCUUGCCUCUCGACUCCGACGUCUUUGCUACGGCAUUGCACCCCGAGGAGCCCGUUGUCUCUGUCGGCUUGUCUAGCGGCCAUGUGCAGACCUUCCGACUUCCUGAUCCCGUUGGUGACGACGGCAGCGCCGACGGCAACACCAGCGUGCUGAGCGACGGCAAAGGCGUCCUCGAGACCAUCUGGCAAACAAGACGCCACAAGGGAAGCUGUCGCUGCCUGGCCUACUCCCACGAUGGCAACCACAUGUACUCGGCCGGCACCGACGCCAUUGUCAAGUACUUCGAUGCUCCUACCGGCAAGGUCAUCUCCAAGAUGGCCAUUCCCUCCACCACCAAGCAGGCCGACGCCCCGACUCUCCUCCACGUUCUCAACCCACAGGCUCUCCUCCUCGCCACCGACUCCGGCGCCAUCCACAUCAUUGACGUCCGCGACGGCAGACCAGACAAGAAGCCUGCGCAAACACACUUUCCGCACGCCGACUACGUCUCGUCCAUUACACCAUUGCCGCCUACCGAAGAGAGCACCAGCGGCUUCCCCAAGCAAUGGGUCAGCACUGGUGGCACAACACUAGCUGUGACCGACGUGCGCCGCGGCGUUCUUGUCCGCAGUGAGGACCAGGAAGACGAGCUUCUCAGCAGUUGCUUUGUCGAGGGCCUCGGUCCCAAGAAGAAGCGAAACAACGGCAUGGUCGCCACCGGUACAUCAUCUGGUGUCCUGACCAUGUGGGACAAGGGCGCCUGGGACGACCAGCAGGAGCGCAUCAUUGUCGACGGCGGCAAGGACGGCGGCGAAAGCAUCGAUGCUAUCGCUGUGAUCCCCCACGAGAUGGGUCUUGGCAAGAAGGCCGUCUGCGGCAUGGGCGAUGGCAGCUUGCGUAUAGUCGACCUGGUUAAGCGCACGGUAGAUGCCGCGCUGAACCUCCGCCAUGAUGACAUGGAGGCCGUGGUGUCAGUGGGCUUUGACGCGACGAACCGCUUAAUCACAGCCGGCGGCCGCACCGUCAAGGUCUGGGAGGAGCUUUCGGAGCUGCAAGGAAACGAUGACGAUGAUGAGGAUGACAGUGAUGAUGAUGACGAAGACAAGGCUGCACCUAACGGCAAGCGUGCUGCUGCCGGUAGUGACAGUGACGAUGAUGAUGAUAGCGACGAUGACGACGGUGUAGAGGAGAUGAAGCGUCGCGCGAAGCGCAGAAAGGAAGCUCAGAGCGCUAAGCUGGGCCCGAUGGGUGCGCACGGCAUUAUGGGCUUUGAGGGCAUGGACUAAAAAAGCAAACUCGGCGUUUUUGGUGUUGAAUUUGAUAUAUAUACGAGGAGAAAUCCCCCCGCGCGUGUGGGCUGUACAUUGAACAAAAAAGCAAAUCAUAGACGGUGUUUUUAUUUAGGCAUCAGUUAUUUCACAUAGAUGGCAUUCAGUCAAUUAUACUAAACACUAUUUUGGAGAGACGUAAAAGUCGUGAUACACUAAGAAUCAAGUGGUCGUACAAACUAAAGAUUGCAGAAAACAUAGUUGCCACCCAAUGGAUAUUUUGCAAUACAACGAAAAAGUAUACCUCUAAAAAAGAAGAACGAAGAAAAAAAGCAACGCUGCGUAAAAUUUUGGCCGUUUCCAUCGUAAUAUAUGAUUAUCAUUCUUUCAAAUCAUCACACAAGCUUGGGUCGUGAGGUUUCAUAUACCAGGAAGAUCGAGGAAGCUCCAUUCCGAGCCGUCGCUCCUGGGAGGCGGUUUUUUGGUUGUAGAUGGUGCAGCCACCCGCUUUGAUGAGAUUUCCGUUAGGUCCUCGUCGUAGAUGAUGACUGCAGGUUUCACUCCUGAUCUUGCGUCGCGCAUGGUGACGCUCUGACGAGAGCUGUUGCGACUGGCGGUCGUCCUGGCGCUGCUCUGCUUGCUGCUGCUGCCUUUGGCGCUGCUGAUUGAGCCACGACGGCGACUAAUAGAUAUUGUGGCGGCAUCGUUUUCAAAUAAAGGCGUGAUUUCCAUGCUGCUGUAAGUUGUUGGGAUGCAGACAUGGGGGAUUUCCUUGCGGAUCGAGAUGGCCCUGGCAAGGCCGACUGCCGACGAGCCUCCGACAGAAAUAACGACGUCGCGGCCGGCUAUGCGCUCGACUGCAUCGUCGACAACAUGGUCAGGGACGGUAAUGACUGCUGCAUCGAGGAUAUGAGACUGUAGAUUUGGGAUAAUGGCCUGAAUACGCCUGGCGAUUGGGACUCGGGAAGGGCUCGCCACAAUAAGUGGCGAGGAGACUUGCAGCGCUCCAAGCUCUGCCGGCAGACGGUUAAUCGCGCCGCGGCCGUACACAAUCUUGGGGGUAAACGAGGCUCUAGCUGCAGAUGAGCUCGGGCUUUGUACUUUCUCAUCUUCGAGGCGGUGCCGAUGACUGGAGCUUGCGGAUUUGCGAGCACUGCUGCUACUAAGCACGGGACUGUGGCGGUGAUGACCGAGACUCUCUGGUGAGGUCAUCGCAGGUGACUGCGUGGCCGCCAAAGGCGAAGUGUUUGUCAUGAUGUGAUGUGCUGGUGCUGGCCAUUGGUAUUGGAAGAGUAGGUGUGCCUUAACAAGCGACGGGUUGCAUAGCCUGAGUAGAGAAAAGCAAGUCGUAUACUGGUGCUGGGUGUGAUAUUGUUGCUGGUUUUUUGGUGGUCUGAUUUUUCCUUUGUUGUGGCUUCAGAGUCGUCGGGUUUAACUAGCUCAGCAGCGGCCGCAAAGGUCGAUAUUUAACGUGAUGGUGAAGUAAGAGUGCGUGAGCCACACAGUGAGGUGCAAGACGGGCGGACAGUAAGUGAGUGAUGUUUUUUUCCGGGAGCGACAACUGGUGAAGGAAAGAAAAGCAGGCGAAACGAUGAAAAAGAGAGACGAAAAUCUCAGUGUCGAUACUGAUGAUGGUGGUGAUGCAAGAGGGAAAAGCGGGUGAGACGGUGGUCCUGAG